AACUAAGAGAAAUGGACCGUGAUUGGUUAGUGCCAUGAUAUUGUCCAAUCAAAACUUAUCUCUUUCACGUCAUUCGGGAUAACGAUUGUUUACAAAUGGCUACCUUCAACGAAUAGGAAAUUGCCAUCAUGGGGGGUCUCCUGGAUGAGAGAGUGGUGUUGGAAACCAUUUUCAACAACUAUGACACAGAUGGAAAAGGGAGUUUGUCUCCAAUACAAAUACAGAUAUUGCAUGGAGAUCUACGUAUGGGAGGUAUCAGUUUACCGCAGGUCAUGGAGUCAAUGAAGUAUGUGUGUGUCCAUCGUAGUAAUUGUGAACCCUCAGAGCUGUAUGCUCUCCUACAGGAAAUGGACCGUCGCUUCUUCCUGAUUCAGGAUUUCAGAUGGGAGUUCUCUAUGAUAGAUGUACAACACAAAGACACAAUAUCUCAAGAGGAAGCUCGCUGGUUUGUCCAAACUGUUCAUGGCCGUCAUUUCUCCAAGAGGAAGUGGGAGGAGUUUGUGAGGUCCCGUCCAAUUCCAGGCAGCUCGGUGGCUUUUGCUGAGAUUGAAGUCAUGCUGUGCAAUAUUCCAAACCGAAUGGAUCUACAGACAGAUAAAAUGGAGGAGGAACAUGAAAGAGAAGACCGAUUGAGAAGGGAAAGAUUGGCAGAGGAAGAAGUGGCAAGGUUGAAGAAAAAGAGAGAGGAAGAAAGAAGGAGACUAGAAGAGGAACAAAAGAGAGGUGAAGAUUUGCGACGGAAAAGACAACUCGAAGAUGAAGAGAGAAAAAUUGACAACGAACAACUGAGGAAUAUGUCAGAUAUCCCCGAGGAGGACCACGAGGAAGAUGAAACAGAGAAGGACAGAGAGGAUGCUCGUUACAGAGAGAAACAAAGACAAGACGAGGAAGAGAGGAGAAGACGAGAGGAAGAGGAGGAAUUGGAACGUUUAAGGGAACUUGAGAAAAAACAGAGAGAGGAAGAGGAGAGAAGAAGAAAAGAAGAAGAGGAAUUGUAUAAAGACGUGGAAAAAUUGGCAAAGGAUGCUGAAGAAAAAGAAAAAAAGACAAAAGAGGAGUUAGAUGAUUUGAAGAAAAAAGGAGGUUCAGAGGAAGAGGCCAAGAGAUUACGCAAGAAGUUACAGGAUGAAAGACACAAAAAGCUGAGGUAUAAUUUGAAAGUGGCCAUCAAAAGUCGAGAUCGUUAUCAGUUGGAUUACAACAUCACAGAGUUUAAGAAAGAAAAGUUGGAGGAUACAGAUAUGGAUCUAGCAAAAGCAGAGAAAAUUCUGAAGGAACUCAUUGUCAGAGAUGACUUGAAGCGUGCAAUGACAAAGCGAGAAUUAGAAGAACUAGAGAAGGCUAUAAAUGCUGUGAAGAAGCACGGAUUGGAGGUACCUCUGGCCAAGGAACUCGGGGAGGCCAACAAACUCCUCACUCGUCUGAGGCGACUGGAGCGUAUCCGUCACGAGAUCUUAGAACUGAAACAGGCAACCGUGGCUGAAAUCAGAAGUUACCAAAACCCCCCUCCUGUUGUCCACAAGGUCAUGACAGCAACUUUCUUAUUGCUGGGCCAUGCGGAAAAAGAUACAAAGGUUUGGAAAUCAGUGCAGGCCCUGGUGGGAAAAACAGGAAAAGAAAGCUUGAAGAGGCGCUGUAUAGAAUGUAAACCAGAGAACAUUCCAUUGGCCCCCGCCAAGAGAGCCAAGGCACUCCUAGGUGGAUUUGACCUUGAAGAAGUCAGAGACGUGUCAGCAGGGGCUGCCACUUUCUAUGUCUGGGCGUCAGCAAUGAUCGAGGAGUUAGAAGACCUUACUGCUCAAAAAGAAGAAGCCAAGAAAAAGGACGUAUAGUUCACAUAUAACGAAAAAUAUAACCCCCUGUCCUUCAGUGUACUGUUAGAAAUGAUAGACAUCUUUGAUAUUCUGCAGCAAUCCAGAAUCCUCGUUCGUGACCCUUCAGUUUCCCAGUACUCUAAUGUAAAACAACAGGAAACAGCACGUAGGCUUUUUUUUAGUGCUACGUGAAGAAAAUAUUUGGUGGAGCAUUUUUCGCUGUAUUUUAUGUGAAUGAAUUCCGUUGACUCAUCAGAACCUGUAUUUUGUCGACAUGGCAUCAAAAAUUUGAACAAGGAUGUUCGACUUCAAAAUCCUUUCUUCAAAAUCCAUUCCGUCCCCACACAUCGUAAAUUCCUCCUUUAUCAAGAAUUACAAUGUACAUGUACUUGCGUAAAGCCACUUCUUAUAUGGAACUACUUAUGUCUAAUUAAGUCGGUUAACCUAAAUAUUGUAUUUAAAUCCGUACUGCUGUACUUACGCUAUUGAAUCAAAAAUAUCUAGGUCCAAUCUCAUUAUUUGAAAA